UCAAGUAUUAUAAAAAGUAAACGUAUAACAACAAUUAUAAAUAAAUAAAUAGUCACAAACAUGUGAAAAUGUUUUUUUUUAAUAUUUCUUUUACACACUGUAAAAUAUAUUAAUACUAGAAAACUGUUUGACCAUAGCUAAUAAUAGUCAAGUCAAGUAUUAGAUACUUCUUAACGGCCGGUACCCGGCAGUCGUUAUUAUAAUAAUAAUUUUAAUAUUAUAUUGUUCUGUGUUUUAAGAAUUAACCAAAACUGAUUUAGUUAUUAUAAGAUUUAAAGACUGUAUCUUCUAAACCUUUCAUAAAAAAAAAAUAUUUGUCAGUUUGUCAGGCACCUAGCGGAAAUGGCUAGUAGUGUGAUUAAAGUAGAAAUUGAAACAGAAGUGUGUAGUGUGUGUAGAAGAGACGGUGAGCUGAUGUCUCCGGAGGAGUAUGACGCAGAGGUUCCCCACAGUGUACCGCUUCGGACUAUGCUGCUUCAUAUUAACAACAACAAGGUAAUACCUGAAGGCAAACUAUGCUCUAAUUGCAUAAGACGUUCAAUAGAUGCCUAUGAAUUUAGUUUGGCACUGUCAGCAAAGACCACACCUCCAUUGAGUGAGAAGAUUCGGGCUCUACAGAAGAGACUCUUAGAGCUAACUGAGAAAGUAGAUGUGUACAUAGUUGUUGGUGGCCCAGGAGACAAUCCUGGUGGUUCAUACAGUGAGGAUGACAUAAUAAUGGUUGACCAUGAGUCACUCAAAGUGGCAACUCAGCUGGGUGACCAAGAACUGGAAAAAGCAAGGAAUGCUGCUGGGGAGCUGGUUUACCAGUGUACUGUGUGUCCCAUGUCCUUUGAGAAAGUUAGUGAGUACCAAACCCACAUGACAGAACAUGGUGAGUUGGCACGCCACUCAUGCUGGACUUGUGGGGCUCAGUUCACAAGUGCUGCGUCUCUCCGGACUCACAUGCGCCAGCACAAAGCUGCACAGCUCACAUGUCACCUGUGUGACACUACAUUCCAGAGCGCGUGCGAGGCGGCCCGCCACGAGGCGGCGGCGGCGUGCGUGUCCCGCUGCCCCGCGUGCGGCGUGCGCCUGCGGUCGCGGGCCGGCCUGCGCUCGCACGUGCGCGCCAGUCACGCCGCGCUGUGCGACACGUGCUACAUGCCCGCCGGGCCCGGCCACGCGCUGCACCACCGCCUGGCGCAGCGCUUCGUGUGCGGCUACCGCGCCUGUAUCCUGCGCUUCCCCACCAGAAGCGACCUGAUGUCUCACAUCCGCAAGUGUCACGCGGGAGAUGCUCAGCCAGCUAACAGCACGGAGUGUGACGCUGCUCCAGAGCCGCCGUCCGAGGUGCCGUGCGACAAGUGCGACCGAAAGUUCGGGUCUUUGGCGGCCAUGCGGCGGCACGCCCGUGUACACCGCCGGCGGCCUCCCUCGCCGGUCGAGAGUGAGGAUGAAGUGGAGGCGGACGAGGUGCCCGAGGAGGGCCACGUGGAGUACCUCGAGCUGGACGAAUUGGAGGAUGACGAGAUGGAGCAGCUCGCGUGAUCGGCAGGACACCUGCUCGUGUAUAGUGUACGAUAAACAGCCAUGGCGGUCUAAGGCUGCAUUUAGUGAUCGACCGACAGUCAGCUCUGACUUCGGUCGAGAGUAGCUAUAACUAUGAAAAUAUAUUAUGAACACGUUCAGUCCAGCUCUAAUGAAUUGUUGCGCACGUAUAGUUACGUCGUGAUACGAUGGUCCGUUGACGCGCUAUGGCGAAAAAUUAGUGCGUACAAACUGAGCGACUUACCGUACGCGCGUGUGUAACAUCGUCAUCAAAAAUCCUAAAAAAAAAUUCGUGUUCUGGCAACUUCGAUUGUACAAAUUUCUCCUUCAAUUUGCCAGUCUUUUUUUUUUGUUAAUAACGGACGAGACGAGCAGGACGUUCAGCUGAUGGUAAUUGAUACGCCUAGCCCAUUACAAUGCAGUGCCGCUCUGGAUUCUUGAAAAACACAAAAACUCUGAGCGGCACUACAAUUGCGCUUGUCACCUUAGAAACAGACAUGAGAUGUUAAGUCUCAUUUGUCCAGAAAUUUCACUAGCUGAACUGAAACAAAAUAAUAUUUACACAUUACUGCCACACGGCUGAAAUAGCCACAGUUGUUGUUCCCAUAAUUUAGCCGGCAUCCUCUGCAAAGGAGCCCCCCACUGGUAAAUCUCAAUAAUAAUUGGGUGAACAUGAUAUCUUCUCCGUCUUUUAUUCCGUAAUCGUUUGCGUAAUUAGUAGUACGCACAUAUUAAAUAGGUUAAAAUGCAUUCAUUUUGCUUCGCAAUUGUAUACGCGGAAUCAAGUUUGCAGUCAGCUGAGCACUAAACGCAACAUUGUCAGCGCGUACGGAUACAAGAUACGCUCGACCGACAUCAGCGCUGACCAUCGGUCGAGCACUAAAUGCAGCAUAAUCGAUAGAUUGUUUAUCGAUGUAGAUAGUAUUGAAGCAAAAGACAAUAACCAAUGUAUUUGAACAUACGAUAACUAAUGUAUACUUUGAGAAUAAAUGAGCAAUUGUUUUUUAUAAAAAUGAUCCAAUUUAGGCAAAGGGAUGUGACGAGGAGCAUCGCCUACUCAAUAAAGUUUCCAUUAUGUAGAUAGUGCAGUUACAUACGACAGACACUUUGUUAGUUAUGGCACAGGUGUUGGAGUGACUAACAGGCUGUUGAAUGGACUACACCUACUGUUGUUCACUAGGUGAUCGAUCAAUAUUUGUUGUUUUAAUAAUAAAUCUUGGAAAUCAA